GCUAUAGCCAAUACCCCCCUCUGGACUAAUAUUUCGUCAACAUAUUGCCCAUCAUGGCUCGCAAGUUCUUCGUCGGCGGCAACUUCAAGAUGAACGGGACCGUUGCGUCCAUCAAGGAGAUUGUCAAGAACCUGAACGACGCUCAGCUGGACCCCAACGCCGAGGUCGUCAUUGCCCCUCCCGCCCUCUACCUUCCGCUCGUUCGCGAGAGCCUGCGCAAGGACGUCGAAGUGGCCGCCCAGAACGUCUACAACAAGCCCAACGGCGCCUUCACCGGCGAGAUCAGCGUAUCGCAGCUCCUGGACAGCGGUGCCACCUGGACCAUCCUGGGUCAUUCGGAGCGCCGCACCAUCCUGGGCGAGACGGACGAGGUCGUUGCGGCCAAGACCAAGUUCGCGACCGAGAACGGCCUCGGCGUCAUCUGGUGCUGCGGUGAGAGCCUCGACGAGCGCGAGCAGGGCAUCACCGUCGACGUUGUCAGCAAGCAGCUCGCCGCCCUCAAGGCCCAGGUCUCGGACUGGACGCGCAUCGUCAUCGCCUACGAGCCUAUCUGGGCCAUUGGCACCGGUAAGGUCGCCACCAACCAGCAGGCCCAAGAGGUCCAUGCCGCCAUCCGUGCUUGGCUCCGGAAGGAGGUCAGCGAGACGGUCGCCGAUGAGACCCGCAUUCUCUAUGGUGGCAGCGUCAACGAGAAGAACUGCCGCGACCUCGCCAAGGAGACUGACAUUGAUGGCUUCCUUGUCGGCGGUGCCAGUCUGAAGCCUGCUUUUGUCGACAUUAUCAACAGCACCCAGUAAAUCGGUCGGGGAGUCGAGAAACAAAACGUACCGGCGCGAAGGGAUAUUCCAGUGCAAGGGUUUGAAAAUCCGCC